AUGACACAAAAUCAAUCCUCAUCAAAUGGUGAAAUAGAUCUUGAACAUCAAGCAACGUUAGUAUCAGAUGCGACUGUAACCAUAAAAACUAUAAAAAAUGUCGAUAAUCAGAUUAUUAAUGACAAUAGCUCGCCAUCGUCUAAUGGUGCUUUAUUACAUGGAGUUGAAUUAUUUUUAGUGGUUCUUGGUCUAGGAUGUGCUGUAUUUUUAGCCGCCUUAGAUCAAACAAUUGUUUCCACCGCUUUACCUAAAAUAGUUUCAGAUUUUAAUGGAUUGGAUCAAAUCGCGUGGGUUGCAACUUCUUAUCUACUCACAACGACUUCCUUUCAACCAAUCUAUGGAAAAUUAUCUGAUAUUUUUGGUCGUAAAGCAACAUUCUUAGGCGCAAUUACCGUCUUUGAAUUAGGCAGUUUGUUAUGUGGUGUUGCCACUAAUAUGGGAAAAUACCAGGGUAUUGUUAGCGCAUGCUUUGGUGUUGCUUCCGUAGCAGGCCCUCUCUUGGGUGGUGCUUUUACUGAUCAUGUCAGUUGGAGGUGCGUACGCAUACCAAGAGUGAUUACCAUAUUUGGUGCAAAAACUUUUCUUCAUUUACCAAAACCACCUGGUUCAUUACUUAAUAAAAUUAAAAGAGUUGAUAUUAUCGGCACCAUUGUAAUGAUCUCGUCAACUGUUUGUAUCUUAUUACCUCUUAAUUGGGGUGGUAGUACUUAUCCUUGGAAUAGCCCCGUAAUUAUAAUACUUUUAUGUGUCGGCGCACUCGGUUACAUAAUAUUCGGUCUUGUUGAAAAUUAUAUCGUUACUGAACCCGUUGCUCCACUGACUUUAAUUGCUUCGGCAUUGACAACAAUCGGUGCCGGAUUAAUUAUUAUAUGGAAUGAAACUACUGGAUAUGGUGAAUAUAUAGGAUACAUGUUAAUUGGUGGUAUUGGGAUGGGUGCAAGUAUUCAAGCUGUUACAUUAUGCGUUCAAGGAUUGGUUGAGCCGAAGGAUAUAGCUGCGGUUACUACAUUAUCAUUAUUCUUUAGGAGCAUUGGGGCUGUUUUUGGAAUUGCAAUAUCAGGAACAGCAUUUAAUAAUAGACUUUCUCAAGAAUUAAGUACUUUAACUUUACCUCCGUCUUUUUCAACACAAUCCGUAUAUACUAUACAAUCAUUACCACCAGAUACACGACUAUUAGUCAUUCACGCUUAUGU